AUGCUUCGCGUCUUAACAAGUAGUCAGCGGUUAUUGUCUUCAGUUUGGAAACGUGCGCUGUCUUCUGCGCCAUCCAAGCCCUCUGCACCUUCAACUACAACCCCACAAGAGGAUCCUCAGCCAUUGGGUGAAGAGAGCACAGCUAGCGAAACUGAACCAGUUGUUGAAAAAGAGCAGGAGUUUGCUCCCAGGCAUACAGAAAAAUACUCUGUGGAUGCUAUCACCCAUCUGAAGUAGGC